GAAUUUAAUUAGACCGCUGUCAUCUUCAUCUUUUGAGAAUUCGUAUUUGAGCAUCUGCAGCGAAUAUAUACGUAUAUAUACUUUUCACUAUUUCCUCCUCAAUUUUAAAAAGUUUUUUUGUCUUGCAUUUCUAUACUUGAAACACUAUCAUUUCCAUAUACCUGUAUUGCCACUUAUCGCUGCGCCGUGCGCUCCGAUUUAUAUAUCAACCAUACGAAAAGCCUGGACACUUGGAACCUGCCUCGAGGCAGGCUAGCAUCUAAAUCACACGGUUUCCUCAACAAGAGGCUUCUCGUGAGCAUUGCUCCACGGCUUUCAGGGAGAUAAUCCUCCCGGUCAAGCCAUGACGGCGCACGAGAUAGAGAAACCUGUAUCGGGCAAUUCGAGCGAUGCACCAUCUUUCAAAGAUGCCCCAUCGACAGGGAAAGAGGCCGUUGUGGUCGAACGGCAAGAUUCCACCUCACUCAAAAAGCUAGACUCCAAAAUUGUCAAAGUUGGUGGUGCUGAGGUCGGGGAUCCAUAUGCACACCUCUCUGAGGACGAACGUCGAAUCAUCAGAAGACAGUUGGACAUUCCUUCUGUGAAGGUGACCUUUACUACCUUAUUCCGCUAUGCCACGAAGCUUGAUAUCUUCAUUAUGGCAGUCAGCGCUCUCUGUGCCAUUGCUGCUGGCGCCGUUCUUCCUUUGAUGACUGUCGUCUUUGGCAAACUCACAGGCACUUUCCGAGACUUUUUUCUGGGUACUGCGUCCCAUUCUACUUUCACGCACGCCCUCAACCAUAACACCCUCUACUUUGUUUAUCUCGCAAUUGGCGAGUUUGCGACUGUCUACAUCGCCACUGUAGGCUUCAUCUACACUGGUGAACACGUUGCUCAGAAGAUUCGUGAGGCGUACCUCGCCGCCAUCUUGCGCCAGAACAUUGCUUUCUUCGAUGAACUUGGCGCUGGAGAAAUCACUACGCGAAUUACUGCAGAUAUGAAUCUGGUGCAGGAUGGUAUGUCGGAAAAACUCGGACUUACCUUGACGGCUCUAUCAACCUUCAUCACUGCAUUCGUCAUCGGCUUCAUCAAGUAUGCUCGAUUGACUGGUAUCCUGAUCUCGGUCGUCAUUUCUAUUUUCUCUAUCAUGGGCGGCGGCUCCGUCUUUAUUGUCAAAUACAAUAAACAAGCUCUGGAGUCUUAUGCUCAAGGUGGCACCAUUGCAGAGGAAGUCAUUAGUUCCAUUCGCAAUGCUGUGGCCUUCGGCACCCAAGAAAAGCUGGUUAGAAAGUACGAUUCCUACUUGACCGAAGGGGAAAAAUGGGGCGCCAAGACCAAAACAGCACUGGCUGUCAUGCUUGCCGGUAUGUUCUGUGUCAUGUACUUGAAUUACGGGCUUUCCUUCUGGCAAGGAUCGAGAUACCUUGCAGCUGGCGACAUGAGUCUUCAGGACAUCCUGACUAUUCUACUGUCGGUCAUGAUCGGAGCUUUUGCGCUUGGAAACGUCGCCCCCAACGCGCAGGCCUUCACUACCGCUGUGGGAGCAGCCACAAAAAUCUAUCAUACGAUUGACCGUGCUUCACCCCUGGAUUCGGUCACGGACGACGGCGAGAAAUUAGAAUCGCUGGAAGGCACGGUGGAGCUUCGACAUGUCAAGCACAUUUAUCCCUCACGGCCGGAAGUUACAAUCAUGGAUGAUGUGAACCUUGUGGUUCCUGCAGGAAAAACGACCGCGCUGGUUGGUGCAUCAGGCUCCGGAAAGAGUACUAUCGUGCAUUUGGUCGAGCGUUUUUAUGAUCCCGUGGGCGGCCAGGUAUUGUUGGACGGCCAUGACGUUUCAACCCUAAACCUCCGUUGGCUUCGACAACAGAUUUCCUUGGUUAGCCAGGAGCCUACUCUCUUCGCUACGACCAUUUACGGCAAUAUCAGGCAUGGGUUGAUUGGCACAAAAUAUGAGAGCGUAUCUGAAGAAAAGCAACAAGAACUCAUAAUCAACGCGGCUAAGAUGGCAAAUGCCCAUGACUUUGUCACUUCUCUGCCUGAAGGAUACCAGACGCAUGUUGGCGAGAGGGGUUUCCUGCUCUCUGGUGGCCAGAAGCAGCGUAUCGCUAUUGCACGUGCGAUCGUCAGCGAUCCUAAGAUUCUUCUUCUGGAUGAAGCUACUUCCGCCCUGGAUACGAAAAGUGAAGGCGUUGUGCAGGCAGCGCUCGAUGCUGCCGCCGUUGGCCGAACCACAAUUGUGAUUGCUCAUCGUCUGUCAACCAUCAAAGGAGCCGACAACAUCGUUGUCAUGUCCCGUGGUCGUAUAGUCGAACAGGGUACCCAUGAUGAGCUUCUUCGCUUGCGAUCAGCGUAUUACAACCUUGUCGAGGCGCAGCGUAUUGCAGCUAUCAACGAGAAUAAGGCAAUUGACGAAGUUCCUAUCUUAGAUGAGCGUGAUCGACAAAUCGUUGGAACUCCCACCUCAGAAAAGAAGGACGCUUUCGAAUCAGACCCUGAAGAUGCUGCUAUGGCAGAGAAGUUGAAUCGAACCCAAACCACGAAAUCCAUUUCAAGCAUGGCUCUCAAGCAAAGGCAACCAGAAUCUCGUCCAAAGUACUCCCUGUGGACUUUGAUAAAGCUUGUUGCUUCUUUCAAUCGCAAAGAGAGACUAUUCAUGCUCCUGGGCCUUGCCUUUUCAAUCGUCUGUGGAGGCGGAAAUCCUACUCAGUCUGUCUUUUUUGCAAAGGCCAUUGUUGCGCUCUCCCUGCCUUUGCCUGCACAGGUUCACAAGCUCCGACAUGAUGCAGACUUCUGGUCUGGAAUGUAUCUCAUGCUCGCUCUUAUCGAAUUCAUCGCUUUCUGUGUCCAGGGCAUCUCUUUUGCCUUUUGUUCGGAGCGACUCGUGCAUCGCGCACGCCUUCAAGCAUUCCGGACCAUGCUACGGCAGGACAUUGAAUUUUUUGACCGGGAUGAAAAUACGGCCGGCGCGCUGACCUCAUUCUUGUCCACGGAGACCAAUCACCUUGCGGGAAUGAGUGGAUCUACCCUUGGCACAAUUCUUCUUGUUCUUACAACUUUGAUUGCGUCGAUUGCUUUAUCUUGCGCGAUCGGCUGGAAGUUGGCACUCGUAUGCACUGCAACUGUUCCUAUUCUCCUCGCUUGUGGCUUCUUCCGUUUCUGGAUGCUUGCCCAUUUCCAGGAGCGAGCGAAGAAGGCAUACGAACACUCUGCCAGUUAUGCAUGUGAAGCGACUUCUGCGAUCAGAACUGUCGCAUCACUGACUCGAGAACAUGAUGUCUGGGAUCAAUACCAUGAGUCGCUUGUCCAACAGGCUAGGACAAGUUUUAUAUCCGUGCUCAAGUCAUCCCUACUUUACGCUGCCUCUCAAUCGUUCAUGUUCCUUUGUACAGCUCUUGGGUUCUGGUAUGGUGGAAAACUUAUCGCGGAUGGGGAGUACUCGAUGUUUCAAUUCUUCCUUUGCUAUUCCUCUAUCAUUUUCGGCGCCCAAUCCGCCGGCACCAUCUUUUCCUUUGCGCCUGACAUGGGCAAAGCGAAACUGGCGGCUCAGGAGCUGAAAGCACUUUUUGACCGGAAACCGACCAUUGACACUUGGUCAGGCGAGGGAGAACGCUUAAGCGGCAUGGAUGGUAUGAUCGAAUUCCGUGACGUUCACUUCCGUUAUCCAACUCGUCCCGAACAACCGGUCUUGAGAGGCCUCGACCUAACGGUUAAGCCUGGCCAAUAUGUUGCCCUCGUCGGCGCUAGCGGUUGCGGAAAGAGCACCACUAUUGCACUGCUCGAACGAUUUUAUGACCCUUUGUCAGGAGGUGUCUUCAUCGACGGCAAAGAGAUCUCAAAGUUAAACGUCAACGACUACCGUAGCUAUCUGGCAUUGGUUAGUCAAGAGCCCACGCUCUACCAAGGCACGGUUCGUGAUAAUGUUCUUCUUGGAGCCGACCGUGAGGAUGUUCCGGAAGAAGAAAUUGUCCAGGCUUGCAAGGAUGCUAAUAUUUACGAUUUUAUCAUGUCUCUUCCGGAAGGAUUCGGAACAGUUGUCGGUAGCAAGGGCAGUAUGCUUUCUGGUGGCCAAAAGCAGAGAAUUGCUAUUGCCCGUGCUCUUCUUCGUGAUCCGAAAGUCUUGUUGCUCGAUGAAGCCACAUCAGCAUUGGAUUCGGAAUCAGAAAAGGUUGUUCAGGCUGCACUCGAUGCUGCUGCCCGCGGCCGUACUACUAUUGCUGUCGCACAUCGACUCAGUACUAUACAAAAGGCCGACAUCAUUUACGUCUUUGACCAAGGCCGUAUUGUUGAGCACGGUACCCAUGCUGAACUGCUUCGCAACAAAGCAAGGUACUUUGAGCUUGUCAACCUCCAGAGUCUUGGCAAGGCUGAGUAGGCAUUGUCAGCCUGCCGAAGUUGUGAGAACGCUUUUUAUACCUCUGUCCUUUGGAGGCAUCGAGCCUAUAUCUGAUUGUUAGCUUUUGGCGUCUGCAUUUAUUCUACAGCAGCAAAACCGGCGCAUAUAUCUGGGUGGGAUAAUUCUUAACAUCAUGGCAUUGCGGCAUUUCGUUUAUAAGCCAGGCUAGGCUCUACAGGUAUAAUUUCUGUCUAUACGCGUCACCGACUAAACUAUCGGACCAUGAUCACAUUCUACUGUAUUAAUUUAACUCUCCAAUCACCAUCUUAUAUUCAUAUACAUACUUUAUAUCAAUGUAUGCAAAGGAGCACAAAUCCCCAUUCCCUUUCUGUGCCGCAAAAUUAGUUAAACUUGUGUAAUUAUACAAUCAUUGCCAUUUUGGGUAGCUAUAACUGGGCCCAUCGUUCGCCCUGGAAGAC